AUGGGUCUCGCCUCCAGCACGCGGGCCCUUGCCACGUGUACUACGAAACCUUACAGCACCAUCUUCGAUGAUCUGCAGUUGGCCCGUCAGGAUCGCGAAGCCAGCGAUACCCUCUCCUCCAGAUUGUGGCGCCUCACCCACGGAAACUCCGAAGAGUUCGCUCUCUACGACAAUGCGCUCGACUUCCUGUCCUUGCAGGCGGAGAUGGGAGCGUGGGUGCGUGCAAACCGCACCGUGGGCAUGAAUCCGUCAGCUUACGAGGCUGUCGUGCGUGGUGCCGCCGCCGUUCUCGGUCUCAAAGCGAGUCUUUUGGAGAAACCGCUUGUCGAGAUCCCUGCACGUCUUGCGUCGCUGUCGGAUGUUGGGCAGGUAAACUGGACGCUGAGUCUUACGCAAUGCAGCAACGACAGCAGCUGCAUCCAGCAGGUUACGCAAGACGCGUAUCGGCUUCACGCCAACGCCUCACUACGAGCGGCACCCCAUAUGAUCGUCUCCAACGCCACCUUCACCCGGGCGCGCAAGUACUACGCGCAGGCGCUGUUUCCAGGCUCGAUUGUGCGGUCAUUCCAGCUCGACCCGGCGACGACACGUUACAGUUUCGAUCGCAACUUGCGGGGGCUGCUGCGCGCGGUUCAGCAAAUGUGGGACGGUGUGACACGCGAAGCAGAAGCAGAGUCAAAAGAAUCAGAAAGAAGGGGGGAGGGGGACAGCAGCAGGGCGAGUUCUAUCCCGGGUCCUUACUUGCCUUUUCUGCGAGAAACCGACAUCACAGGCCCUGAGCGACCGGAGACGAAGCAUCUCACCUUCACGGACCCCGCCUAUCCCCGCCACUUGCGGCACUCGGGGGUGAGUUUGCAGCCGCUGCAGCGGAUUCUGCCGACGGCAGUGCUCUACCAAACCAGUGCGGAUUGCACGAGCUGCGGCCUCUUCGACCGCGCCUUUGAUAUUCUGCCGGCAGUGUACAAGCGCCUGUGUAACCACAACGACGGGAGCAUCGUCAGCUGCAGCCCCAUCACUCUUUUCAUCCGCACGACGCACGUGCGGUCGUUUCAGAUGCUGCCCUCCAUGGAGCUGUACGCCCGCCUGGCCUACUCGCGGAGGGCCGUGCUGCGUUUGGCGGACCUCAGCCUGCGGCAGGAUCAGAAGAAAAACCUGCACGACACUGAGGAUGGCGAUGACACUCCGAGCGUUGGCGGGAGCGCCUUCUACAGCGUUGAGAUGAAGUACGGAAAGUGGAGUGCCGGCAUUGAGGAUGAGGUGCUUCCGCGGACGCAGUUUAAGCCAGAGUUUGUUCCGCUUCGUCUGCAGGCGAAUGUGGCCACCGUGGAGGAGGCAGUGGUGAGCUUCAUUACCGAGCUGGUGGGCAAGGGAGUCAUUCAGUUCAUCUUUUUGGACGCGGAGGAAGUCUCGCAGAUCACGGCGGAGAAUGAGCGGGUGAAGAAGAUGCUGCGCGAACAGCAAGAGAAGCAGCAAGAAGAUGGUGUGAAUGGCACACGCGAAGAGCGAGACAAGGAGGCGAUAUCCAAAAACUCAUCAUCGUCUGACGCCACCGCCCCGCCGUCGCCCAACCCAGAGGACCACCCGCGAUAUCGCAAGCUGGUUAGCUUUGGAGACCUCGCCGCAAAACUUGUCGCCGCGCACACACGUGCCGUUUUUGGUGAUGUUGGUCUCGUGCAGGCAAACCCCACACAUCGCCGUGGCAGCUGGCGUCGUGGUGGUGGCAGUCUUAGCAACGCGGGUGGUGCCGCGGAGUUGUCCGCGCCUGCGCCGCCGCCGUGGUGGGCGUCGUCGUGGAUGGUGCGCGUGCUCCGCGCUGUGUGGGACCUCCUCUUUUCCGGCAUUGAGCGUCCCCUGUACCUGACGGUGUUUGCCCUGCUGUGUCUGUAUCAGCGGUGGUGGAACCGCUGGCAUCAGGUGUCUUACUGGUGA